AAAAAAAAUCCCGAAAGCUGAGCGAGCUGGGAAGACCGGGUUGACCCGGUGGUGGGAGAAAGAUGGUUUGCGGGGGUUUCACGUGUUCCAAAAAUGCGCUGUGUGCGCUCAAUGUGGUGUACAUGCUGGUGGGUGUGCUGUUGAUUAUCGUCGCAGCAUGGGGUAAAGGCUUUGGAAUCGUCUCCAGUAUACACAUCAUUGGCGGAGUGAUUGCCAUUGGAGUUUUCCUUCUACUCAUCGCUAUCAUUGGUUUGAUUGGGGCCGUCAGUCAUCACCAAGUGAUGCUCUUUAUUUAUAUGGUUGUUUUGAUUCUGGUCUUUAUAUUUCAGUUUAUUGUCUCAUGUUCAUGUUUAGCGAUGAAUAGAUCACAGCAGGAGUAUUUACUGAAUACAACAUGGAACCGGAUGAGCAAUGAGACAAGACUGAAUCUAGAAAAAACAUUGGAUUGCUGUGGCUUUUUAAACACUACAGAGGGCAGGGAUGAGUUUAAACAGGAUGUUGCUCUCUGCAUUCAGGUCUGUUCAGACCCUCACAAAUGCCCGAGCUGUGGGGAUAAAAUGUUAAAUCAUGCAGAUGAAGCACUGAAAAUCCUGGGAGGCGUUGGACUUUUCUUCAGUUUUACAGAGAUUCUCGGUGUGUGGCUUGCUUUCCGCUAUAGGAAUCAGAAGGAUCCCCGUGCAAACCCCAGUGCUUUUCUAUAGUACUCUUUCUAUUUUUGCUUCCUGACUCGUCAAUCAUGUAGUUUCUUCUCCUGUAUCAGCCUCAUUCCUUUGCAGAUCACUUCUCCCCUAUGGGCAACAUGUUCCGUCAUGCAAGGACAUGUGAUGGGGAGAAGCAGACCCCUGGCUAAACCUCAAGAAAUUGGAGCUUCCUUCAAGAAUGCAAUCGGAUCACAUUUGCAAGUGUUCAUGAAUUAAAUAGACGUUGUGCAUGGGUGUGGGGUCUUAAAAGGACAUUUAAAAAACGCAGUAGUUUUUAAUAUUUUAAAAUGCAAACUGCAAUCUAUAUGGAAUGCUGAGUCCUUCACAAGAUGUGAAACAAGGGGUCACUUUUUCUUUGCUAUUCUUUUAAAGAGCGGAUUGGAUGAUGGGCCAGUGUACAUAUACAUAUAUUUAUAUAUACAAGAAUACAGGCCUAUUGUUCUUGAGAUGAUGUUUUUUUUUAAAUAAUACAGUUUAAAGGGGAACUCCACACAAACAACAUGAUUUCAAGCAACUUUGCAAUAUACAUCAAUUAAAAAUAUGCAGACUUUUCAUGAUUUUUAAUGGUUUGGAACAGUUCCCUAAGCCUAGCCCCCUGCUGAUCUAUCUGACUACUUUGCUGAGCUGGCUGACUACUGUUACUUUGUAUCAACAACCAGCUAUCCUUAGCCUGCAUCCUCCAAACCCCACAAUUCCCUGCACAUGUGAUUUCAAUAAGGAAAGGAACAUCAUAGUGCAAUGCAUUGUGGGUUUGUAGUUCCUGCAUGUUGUCUGUAAGCUGUGGAGAAGUUGUUACAAUUUGCAACAUCAGUGUUUAGUCCCUCCUUCCCUGCCAGGAUUUCAAAUGAUGCAGAAAGAGAAGAAAUGUUAACUAUACUUUUGAAGAAACGGGUAACUGUGAUGCGUAUAUUAGGGGUUUCUGUGCUAUGUGGGCCUCUUUAUCAAAGUUUUGUUUGGAAGCGGAGUUCCCCUUUAAGUAGUGGCAAAAGAAGAGUGAAGGCAUUAGGUCAAUAAACAGAAGAAGUGGGUUAUGGCUUCCCUGACUGCUUUAAGUAUUUUAAGUUACCUGGUAAGAUUAUGGACUAUAAAAUGUGUCGCUUGACAGUUCUUUUCCACUGGUAUUCAAUGAAUUAUUGCUGCAAUGCUUCAUGUGGUGACAAUCUGCAGCAUUGUCCUUUUGUGACAGAAAUGUUGCUGAUGAUAUAGGCCUAUACAGAAACGGACAAGUGACCCAAUUUAAAGGGAUUGAAAAGUUGCCCCAUUCUUUGUAACAAUAACGUGUAUGUGAAAAUGUGAUCUACUGCAACAUGGAACUAUGACUUAUUAAAGAGAAACUCUGAAGCAAA